AUGGCAACGCUGGCUGCCCUGGCUGCCUUCGCAGCGGCUAGGCCAGCACUGGCGCUGCACACUACUCUUCAAAGCGAGCCGCUUCGCAGCGAGACGACGCAGGAUCACAUGCCAGCUGGCCACGGCAGCUCGGCCGCGACCGAAAACGAUUGGCUGUUUGACGAAGACACUCCUGCUGCUGUUCAGGCUGAGUUGGACGACCGGAGGAGGAAGUUGGAGCGGCUCGAGCGGGACACGGAGUCGGUCGCAAUUGACGCGCACACGACCGGCAGCCAUAAGCGCCGUCAAGCAGGGCAGAGUUUGUGGUUGAGCGGCACGUCGCGGCAGGCCAUGACCAACUACAACGACGUUCAGUAUGUCUCCUUCCUGGAGGUUGGGAACCAGACCCUCUCUGGCAUCCUCGAUACGGGCUCCUUCGAGUUAGUCGUGUUUUCCACCGUCUGUGACUCGUGCGGUCAAGCGUCCAGGUACAACCCCGACCUGAGCACGAACCACACCCCAGGUGCGCUCGCAACCGUCCAGCAGUAUGGCAGUGGAGACCUGUUCUGUCAGGAGGCCUGGGACAUGGUUUCAAUCGGGCCGUACCCGCCCAAAAAGCAGUCCUUCUGGGAGGUCACCAGUGCCAAGAUGCCGGUGCUGAAUACUCGGCGUUCCAGUCCAUCAUCGGCAUCGGCCCGCCAGAAACGCCCGUCAAGGACGCCGAGGAGCUCCUUCAGACGGCCAUCGAUAACGUCUCCAACUACACCUCUGCAGGGCUACCCGUGCCCGACGACUUGA